CGUCUUUCAACACUGGCAGCAAAAUGCCGCGCAGCUAAUCCUCCAGAGACUCCCAUCAACAAGUUCGAAUCCCUGUCUUCACCAUGGACUACGACCUAUUCCAGUCCGAUGAUGACGAGGAUAUCCUCACAGCCUUCGACCAGGCUACCCAAAAACUGCAGCAGGAAACCCUUCAGGGGAGAAUGGAUGUGGACGAGGGCGAUUUCGACUCCGCCAACGAGUAUGACGGUCUGGAGCUCCUUCCAGAGUUCUGCUGCAGCGGAAGGGAUACCAUCAAGAGCCAGUUCCCCAGCGAGAGCUUCCUGCGGAAUGGCUAUGGCCAGUUGAACCCACCGCGUUGUCGAAUGGACAACCUCUGUUUUGACUUUUCCCAGGGCCAACUUACGGUCCCCUCCGUUAGAGACUAUCUGCAGGCCGAGGCAUGCAAGAACAUCCAAAAACUGUUUGCCGCCGUGGCAGGUCAACAGCAGUUGCAGACAGCUCCGAGUUCCAUGGGCUCCGGCUGGUUUCGGGCGCGUCAGCAUGUCACUCACUUCUACCAUAUGCUGCUAUGGAUGCGGGAAGAGCGGCUGAUCUUUGAGUCUCAUCACUACCUUGAGGAUCUGCGACAUUUGCUUGACAACCAGCUGGACGCAGAUGCCUGGAAGGUUCUGUACUUUGCCGAGAACAGCAAGGGAAACGAUUGUCAGGCACCGGCGUAUCACCUCUACCAUGGCAUUCUGGAGUGGCGUUUCCUGGACCUUAUUCUGCUAUUCUCCCACCAGGAGCAGGAGCAGCAAGGUCUGGCGCAGCUGGAACGAACUCUGGACGAUCUUAUUGUUUGUGCGGUAAACCAUUACCGAGGCAAGCAUCGGCCAGAACUGAUUCACUCUUCUCCGUUCAUGUGCCGCUGCACCAAGGAGCUGUGGUUGCUGUUGACACGUCUAAUCCCGCUGUGGCUGGCCGAGAAAGAUCUAGAUUUCUGGACCCUUUUCCACAAAGCCAUGCAGAGGCAUAAGCUGAACCACUUUCAAGGCGAUGCCAACGGUGUUAAUUUGGCCUUCCAGGAGUUCUACGCCUGGCUACGUCUGGGACUAGCUCGCUUAGAGGAAUACAGCCCGGAAGGCAUUCAUCAGCCAGAAUGCGUUCUUCCAUCCCCACCGGCAAACUUUCAAACAGCGGCUCUUCUCAAGCAAUUCCUGGCCAGUCAGCCGGAUGAGCAGAACCGCAGGGUCUACCUAUCGCUUCUUGCACCUCUUCAGCUCCAUUUGGGCCAGCCGGACACCGAUGUUCUGUGCCAGCUGUGGGAGUACCUCCAUCGCUCUCUGAACUGCAACUUUAACGCAGGCAAUGACCUGGAUCAGCUGCCCCUCACCUGCCCCACUGGAGCUGCCUAUGUUGAACGCUAUAGCAAACUCCUAUCCAAGUCCCAGCUAGAGGAUCUGAAUCUCAGUAGCUUCACGAUGUACGCAUGGAUGCUGGGCAGGACACUCAGGCUGCUGCCACUUCAGGGCAGGAGUAACCAGCGCCAAAAGCUCCUGGGCCGCAUCUUCAGCAAAUUCAGUGCCGCGAAAUUGCUGGCGCUCAACGAGUCUGGAAUCCACCAUGUCAUCGAACUCUUCCUCUGCCUGCUGCUCUCCCAGGGCGAGGAAUUGGGCGAUCUGGCCCCGAAACUGCGGGAGAUGCUUCUCUGUCUGGCUCUGGAAAAGAUGCCACCUGUUCGCAGGGUUUUGGUAGCCAAGGGUCACAUGGCACUGCUUCUCCUGCACGCUCAGCAUCGAUUGUCCUUCGAGGACUAUCUGGGUAAGCUGCUGGCCCAACUGGCUGCCAUUCGAAAUGAGGUAGAAGUGGGUGCUAUCUACGCCGGCACCCUCCAAGCCAUUUUCGAUCUGGCUGACGACUUUAAUCGAGGAGAGCAGCUGCUCCUGGGACCCUGGCUGACGCACUACAUGGAAAAAAGCGGCCAGGCUUCGCAGGAUCGGGUGUGGCAAGCCCUGGAUUCCAUGAUCGUUCGAUUGGACGAAUCAAAGACUGUGAUGGUGAAUGAGAGCGGCAUCCGGGAAGGACUCCAACACAAUGUGCUGCCACUUCUCAGAACUCAGUACGUAUGUGGCCACAGUUCGUGGCUGCCCAAGCUGGCGGCCAAGUUUGUGAGCCUGGAGAAGGAGCGCGAGCGGGAGAAGCUGAUGCUUAGCUUUCUACAGGGCCCCGAGCCGGUGAAUCUUGCCGCCUCCGCCCAGCUGAUACUUCAGAUUCUAGAAGAACACCACCAGGCCAUCAAGCCCUCCAGCUCCGCGGUCCUUCAGGUGUGGGUCAAGUCCCUGGUGCUACUCAACGCCCAGCACGAGGCCGUUGUGGCCCUAACACCUCACGUUGUCCGGCUGGAUGAGUUUCGCCAGCUCUCCAUAGACCCUGCCGCCCUGGAAGGAGGUCGUGAACCACUCUGCGCUUUUUUCGGCGCCCUGGGGCGUCGUGCCCAGCAGGAAGAGGCAGCGGCCCACGUGCGGAUGCAGCUGAGCCACAAGCUGCACGCCUACGUUAACCACUUUGAACUGUGGCUGCCAGCAGACCGCCUGAGAUCCGAGAUGGGCACUCGCUUCUACAGCUUUCUGGCCAUCGUCAUCUAUAACUGUCCGAGCUUGGCGUAUGUGAGGUCCAAGCCCACCUGCUUUUUCCACCUGGCCAUGGUUCGCUUCCUGCUAACCACUCAGCUGCAGGCGGGAAAUGCUCCCGAGGGCCGUCUACCCCAAAUGGUGCACAAGAUCUUUCCCGUGCUGCUCCAAGGGAUAGGUCGGCUGCCGUACCGCACUGACGCCUAUGUGAGCAAGACCUUGGAGCAGCUGGUGCAGCACUGGACGCCGCACUUCAGCUUCUCGCCAAGCGCCAAGCUGGUGGCGCGGCCCUACGCCACGCUGCUGCAGGCGGAUCAGGAAGGAGAAAUUACACAGCAUGUGCUUCAGCUGCUGGUGACACAGUUCUUGGUAGUGCAGCGCCGCAAGGCUGGUCCGCAAGCGGGACUGGUGAUCACAAUCCUACAGCAGCUGGUCGAAGGAACACCCAGGGAGCAGGCGGAGGUACAGCUUAUGACGUUUAUCCAGGCCGUGAACAUGCCCCUGCUGGAGCACGUAAUGUUUGUCGACGAGCUGGAGCACAGUCGGGGCCAGGUCCUGGGGCUUUAUCGAGUGCUUGCUGCCCACGAGGGAUUCAAGCGUUCGGUGGCGCUUAAGGACCAGUGCUGCACUCACCUGCGAAGCCUAGCGGAGAAACACCUGGCCCACUGCACCUACUUCUACUUCCAGAUGCUGAUAAAGCUGGCGGAGGUAUCUGCUGAUAUGGUGGCUCCCAUCCUGCCGUUUGUGAAUGAGCAGGCCAAGCAGGUGGAGCUGAAACGGGGAGCUGGCGAAGAUGUGGGCAUUCGGAAGUGCCUGCAGAGACUCCAGCAAGUCUUGAGCUAGGAUUAGGCC